CGCACAACGAUACUUUGUAUUGUGUUACUGGGAUUUUGCAUGAUUUGGAUGCUAACUCAAUUUUGGAGCUAAGAAAAGGAGAGUCCAUGAGUUACAAAGAGUACUUCAAAAGUCGGCAUGAGAUCGACUUAGUCUAUGAGAGAGAAGCACUUCUUAAUGCAAAAUAUUUACCUAAGAUGCGAAAUUACCUUAAAAAGAGCAGUGCCGAGAAAGGAAAAGAACCAAGUGGCGCUUCGCUACAGUUGCCUCCGGAGCUUUGUUCUAUAUUAAUGUCUCCAAUUCCACAUGGUUUAUAUUAUUCUUUC